AUGGAGAAGUCCAAGAAUUUCCGCAUCGACGCGCUGCUGGCGGCCGAGCCGCCCAAGGCCAGCGGCGGCCCGACGGCACAGACGGCGCCGCUGGCCCUGGUGGCCUCGCUGCCGGCCGGGCGCAGCGCCUCCAGCUCCAGCAGCGCCUCCAGCAGCAGCGGCAGCGCCUCCAGCAGCCCGCCCGCCCCCGGCGAGCCGCCCGCCGACUGCCCGCGCCGCCAGAGCCCGUCGCCGCCGCGCCUGCUGGCCGCGCACUGCGGGCUGGUGCCCAAGGCCGGCUUCCUGGGCGGCGGCGGCGGCGGCGGCGGAGGGGGCCCGCAGCCGCACCCGCACUCGGCCCUGGGGCUGCACCCGCCCGGCCCGCCGCCCGCCGCGCUCUACGGCCACCCCAUGUACGGCUACCCGGCGCUGGCCUCGCAGCACCCGGCCCUCGCCUACCCCUACGCGCAGCCGCCGCCGCCGCCCGCCGAGCCGCUCAAGCUCAGCGCCGGCACCUUCCAGCUCGACCAGUGGCUGCGCGCCUCCACCGCCGGCAUGAUCCUGCCCAAGAUGCCCGACUUCGGCGCCCAAGCGCAGUCCAACCUGCUGGGCAAGUGCCGGCGCCCGCGCACCGCCUUCACCAGCCAGCAGCUGCUGGAGCUGGAGCAUCAGUUCAAGCUGAACAAGUACCUCUCCCGGCCGAAGCGCUUCGAGGUGGCCACGUCGCUCAUGCUCACCGAGACCCAGGUGAAAAUCUGGUUCCAGAACCGGCGCAUGAAGUGGAAACGGAGCAAAAAGGCCAAAGAGCAGGCAGCGCAGGAGGCGGAGAAGCAGAAAGGUGGCGGCGGCCUGGGAGAGGACAAGGUGGGGGAUGAGCUGCCCCUGCCGCCUGGUGGGGCAGAGAAGAGCCCUGGGGGCCGCCGAUUGCGGGAGCUCAGGGACAGCGACCUGGAGGAGGAGGAGGAAGAGGAGGAGGAGGAAGAGGAGCGGCCCGGACACUGCUGUCCCUACGGCUCUCCGGAUUGCUCUGAUGGGGACGAGGAUGGGAGGCAGCCCCACAGCAGGCAUGGGGGAGCCCACCCACAACUGCCCCCUGCCCCAGCCCCCUAAGCCUUGGUAUCCCAGAACCAGCCACUUCCUGUACUCCGGUGCCCUGAACGAAUCUGCCCCCCUGGAUAUCUGUUUGCUGACCACUGGCUGAAGUCCUUUAGGCCCCUAGCUGGCCUGCCCGUGACCUCCACCUGUCAUCCACCUUGAAAGAUGAGGAAAGGCGAGAUAUCAAUAUUUGAAUACAUAAAUCCCUUCUGAACACAUGAAACUGCCUUCUACUGAAUCAGACCACUGGUCCCCCCACGUCAAUAUUGUCUACUCCAACUGGCAGCGGCUCUCAGGUUUCACACCACCUACAACCUGAUCCUUUUGACUGGACAUAAAUCCAGAGGAGUUAGCUGUGUUAGUCUGUAGCUGCAAAAUAGUAAAGAGUCCAGUAGCACCUUUAAGACUGACCGACUUUAUUGAUACAUCUGACAAAGAGAGCUGUGGUUCUUGAAUGCUUAUGCUACAAUAAAGUUGGUUAGUCUUAAACAGGGCUUUUUUCUGGGAAAAGAGGUGGUGGAACUUGGUGGGUUGCCAGCACAGGGGGCAACUCGUGGCGGGAGGUGGUACCCCUGGUACCACAUGCAUGUGCACAAAGUGCACACAUGACCCCAGGACCACACAAUGACAUCACUUUGGGUCAGCUGGAA